CUCCUCUGUUUUUUGUUCCCUAGGUUUUUUGACUUCGGUCUGACUACAGCUAAACCAUGGAGACCAUGCAGGAACUGAUCCCCUUUGCCAAAGAGAUGCUGAGCCAGAAGCCAAAUCGGAAGAUGGUCAAAAUGUACAUGCUGGGAAGCAUGCUGGCUUUUGUCGGGGUGGUUAUUGGCCUGGUGGAGAGCGUCUGCAGCCCUUUCACCUCUGAGGGGAAGCUGGAGGACGAGGAGGUAGAGGAAGAGGAAAAGAAGGGAUCUGCUUCCCUGGCCCAAGAGGCAGUUGUUCUCCCACAACAGGAGGAAGUAGUCUUGGAAAAGAGCAAGCAGGCUCUGGCCCUGAGGAAUUCGGUGAACAGGCAGCGUGCAUCGUAAGACCAUCCAAAGAAAUCCUAAAGAC